AGCGUUCCACGUAAAAUGACGCAGGGCGGGGGCGUGCCCGUGAUGCGCGCUGCGCAAGGCUGCUUGUUGUUCCCGCAGAGAGGCGAGAAGAUGGCGGCCGUGUCAAGCGGAGGUGCUGCUGGGUCCGCUGCGGCCGGGAUUACGCACUCUGCCCGACCGACCCACGCAGGCAUGGGCUCCCAGAACCGAGCCCAGCCAUCCUCGGGGAUCACUCACUCCAGUCGUACCAGCACGGCCGCUGGGUGCAUCACCAAUCCUGGCCACACUUCGGUCACCAGGCCCCCCCCAGCCCGAGUGGGCCACUACGAAAUCGAGCGGACUAUCGGCAAGGGAAAUUUCGCGGUUGUUAAACUAGCCACACACAUCAUUACCAAAGCAAAGGUGGCUAUAAAAAUAGUGGAUAAAACCCAGCUGGACGAUGAAAACCUGAAAAAGAUCUUCAGAGAGGUGCAAAUCAUGAAGUUGCUGAAGCACCCCCACAUAAUCCGCCUCUACCAGGUUAUGGAGAUUGAGAGGAGAGAUGCAAACCCAGGCCACCGGCUUUAA